AUGGUGUUCACCGUUGCAAAGCUCGCCGUGGCGGCAGCAGUCCUGAACAACGCAGUCAGCGCAGUCCCUCUUGCCGGCCGCCAAAGCGGCAAAUAUGACUGGCACGACUCGAAUGGUGGCCACACACCGAUCGAGCCGCCAACGCCGGGCUCUGGCUACUUCAUAUCUUACGGCCCACGUCCAUACUACCUGCUUAACAACAUGACAGACUCGCCGUUGAAGCGCAAGCUUCAAAGCUGUGAGAACGGGCCAUUUGAGAUCACAGCCUUCAGCAUCGCGCAUCGCGGUGGCGCAGAUCUGCAAAUACCGGAGGAGACUGUCCAGAGCUCCGUCGCUGGCGCGAGAAUGGGCGCUGGUGUGAAUGAGUGCGAUGUGGCAUUCACGAGUGAUCUGGAGCUUGUCUGUCGCCAUGACCAAUGUGAUCUCCAUACCACGACCGACAUCAUGAACCGACCAGAAUUGCGUGAGAAGUGCAGUGUUCCUUUUUCGCCAGCCAACGAUACUGCACCAGCCAGCGCGACAUGCUGCACAAGUGACAUCACUCUAGCAGAGUUCAAGGGUCUCUGCAGUAAGAUGGAUGGCUUCAACAAGAGCGCGACCACACCCGAAGACUUCACCAAGGGCGGCAUCCCCGUCUGGCGCACCGAGCUUUACAAUACGUGUGGCACGGUCAUGACCCUCGCCGAGUACAUUGAUCUCACGGACUCAUUCCCUGGCUACCGCAACUUCACGCCCGAGCUCAAGACACCUCCCGCGGCAGUCACCAUGCCCUUCCCAUCCGAGAACGGCAACUACACCCAAGCCCAAUUCGCGCGCGACAUGGUCGACACCUUCCUCGAGAAGGGCAUCUCCCCCUAUCGCGUCUUCCCCCAAUCUUUCCUCCCAGACGACCUGGCCGCCAAGGGCGUCAACAUCAUCGCGCCGCCCAUCAACUACCUCCUCACCGUCACAGGCGAGAACAAUGAGACUAUCAUUCCUUCAGACUAUGGUUAUGCUGCGAAAGCGGCGGGGCUGGAUAUCAUUGCGUGGACGAUGGAGCGGAGUGGGCCAUUGACGAACGUCAAGGCGUCUGAGGAUUAUUACUUCAGCACGUUUGCGGACGGGGUCAAGACUGAUGGGCAGUUCUUUGAGAUACUGGACAUGUUGGCGCAGGAGAUUGGAAUUGUGGGUGCCUUUAGUGAUUGGAGUAGUAGUGUGAGCUACUAUGGGAGUUGUAUGGGGUUGAAGGGGACCUAUGGGGAGAAGUACCAUGCUGCGCCGUAUCGGCAGGGGCCGCUUUAG